UCCUUGUACUUUUCAUAUGGAUAAUAUGGUUUUACUUUAACCUAUUCCUUAAAAUUAAAUAUUCUCAUUACCGAUUUCUAAUAUCUCUCUGUUCUAACUCUCCGUCAAUCGUCAUUUUUCAUUAAAACUACCAAAGCCACUAUCAAAUUAAAAUGGCUUCAAUUGCAACCAAGUUCCGCCCACUCUUUGAUCGAGUUUUGGUCAAACGUUUGGACGCUGUUAAGCAAAGUAAAGGAGGUAUAAUGUUGCCAGAAAGUGCUUCAAAGAAAAUUCGUGAGGCAACUGUUAUAGCUGUAGGACCUGGAGCAAGAAAUCAGGAUGGAAAACCAGUACCAAUUGAUGUUAAUGUUGGUGACCGAGUAUUGUUACCAGAGUACGGUGGUACUCCAAUUCAAUUAGAUGAUGAUGACUCUUACACAAUUUUCAAAGAAUCAGAAUUAUUAGCUAAAGUAGAGUAAUUAUAAAAAAAAUUAUAAAGUUAUCAAAUUAUAAUGCGACUGAUUAAUUUAGUGGGAGAUAGUUAUUUUCAAAUAUGUUUAAAAUUUAAAAAAAUUCCAAUAUUUUACUUCUGAUUGUGCUUAAAAUAGCCCUGUACUCUUUUUUUCAAAUUUAAUUUUUAUUUGCUGUUUUUUAUUAUUUAUAUUUAAAAUAAAAUAGUUUUGAAAAUUGAAA